AUGACAAUGCAAGAGCAUGCUUCAAAGAAAAGGAAAUUUACAUCAAAAGUAUGGAAUGAUUUUGAUUGGUCACGAGACAAAGAUGGUAAAGAAAAGGCUACGUGCAAGCAUUGUGGGAAGGAAUAUGCUUAUGACAGUCAGAAAGGAGGAACAUCAACUAUGUCAAGGCAUUUAAAGAAGUGCCCUAGACUGAAGAUGAAAGAUGUGGGGCGACUUUUGUUAUCUACAAAUAAUGGAGAACUGGCUACUCAAUGGACUGAAUUUAGGGAGUUAUGUAGUUAUCUGAAUGUCGAUGUUGAAACCAUAUCAAGGAAUACUACAAGGUCUGAUAUUCUUAAAAUGCAUAAGUUCCAAAAAGAAGUUAUUCGCAAGAAAUUACAAUGUGCUCCAGGUAAAAUAUGUCUAACAUCAGACAUGUGGACCUCCGUCAACACCACUGGAUACAUAAGUUUAACAGUACACUUUGUUGAUCAAGAUUGGGUAUUGCAGAAGUUUCUUUUAAAUUUUUCUCCACUGCCACCACCCCAUACUGGUCAAGCACUUUCAGAUAAGUUAUUUCUGAUGUUAAAUGAUUGGGGAAUUGAAGGAAAAGUAACCAGCAUCACUUUGGAUAACGCUGCAUCAAAUACUUCAUGUGUUAAGAUAAUGAAGAGUCGAUUCAUUGCAAGGAAUGUUAUGUCGGAUACUGGGAAAAGAAACUUUCAUAUACGGUGUUGUGCUCACAUAAUAAAUAUUGUAAGAGAUGGACUGACAGAGAUUGAUCCAGCAGUAAUCAAGAUAAGGUUAGCAGUGAAGUACCUUAAAGGUUCACAAAGAAGAAAACAAAUUUCUUGGAUAUUGUCAGCGAUUUAG